CUAUCAUGUGCUUAUCGCGCCGCAUGUGGCUUCUGUCUCGAAGUAACCUCGAUUAUUGUCCUGUGAAGCUUGCACUAAGACAGGCAUAUAAAGAAGUCUAUGCUGCCCAUGGUACCCAAGACUUUGCACGUCUUCUGGCAACAUCAUUGCGAUGAAGUCCGAGUCACGGAAGUAUAUCGACCUCAUUUAUGGCGUUACAUCCAACUACCAGGUUAGCUGGGAUCUACCAAUAGAGAUAAGGGUGGGCGACUAUGGAAUGAACAACGAUUCAACUGGAGAAUUCGAGGUGUUUGGGAACAUUUACGCAGAUAAAAUUAUCGAUAUGACGGAUCCGGCACUAUGCCCCGUAGAGGAGGAAGGGGAAGACAGCCUCAUCGUCAAAUCGGAGGGUGUGAUUGCCAGGGACCUCAGCACAAAUACUGAAGCCGCCGUGCCUGGUGCAGCGAAUGUUGCUCUCAAAGUUGAGUUUGAGUUCGAUGGUAGGAAACAAGCAGCUGUGCUGGUCAUGUACAAGCCAAGAUACAUCAGCUUUCCCAAGAAUGAGCGCAUCAUCGAGCUGCUCAAUUCCAUACCUGAUGUCCUCAAAGGGAAGUACGUCAUCUCCGAAGUUACAACUUGCGCAGCAUUUAUGAUGUACUUGUCUCCCAAUAGACCAGAAAAAUGUUCCGUGACAUUUUGCGCCACCGGGCCUACUGCACCAGGUGUCAAUGCUCGAGGAUGGUCUGCCUAUGGCAUUUCCCGUGAAGGAUACCCGACCGCAAAAUAUGUGCCCUUGUAUAGGCUAAUAAAGCCUCGUUCCAAGUUCUAGUUGCCUUUCAGUCAACGAGAAGAUGAGCACAUUCACGAUGCGAUCGAGGAGUGAGUUGAAAUCGCCUCGUGGCUCAGCAGUGCAAUGACCCCCUUGUAGGCGGGAGAAUGAUGUUCGUGGACAGUGAAUUGAAGAUAGUUCCC